AUGUGCAACGACGAAAUAAAAGCCAACGGCUGGUCCAGCAUGCCCGCCAAUGCCGGUGCCAUAUUUACGGACCAAUCCUUCAUCGAAAGGGCAGAAGCCAUGCAGCUCGAUACAAUCAUAUUCCCCUUCGACGAUCCUGUCGUUUCAAAGACCUGGGAAUACGCCAGGGCUGUUCUUCACCCCCAGACAUUGAACCAUUCCAUGAGGGUCUACUUCUACGGAAUGGUAAUCACCACCCAGCAAUUCCCUGAAAUAGCAGCAUCCCUCAACCCAGUCACCUGGGCUCUGACCUGCCUCCUCCACGACAUCGGUACUGCGGAGGAGAACCUAACUGCAACGCGCAUGUCAUUCGAUAUCUAUGGCGGUAUCAAGGCCCUCCAUGUGCUGAAGGAGUUUGGUGCCACUGCGGACCAGGCCGAGGCCGUUGCUGAGGCGAUCAUUCGACAUGAGGAUAUGGGCGUCGAUGGAACUAUUACAUAUUUCGGUCAGCUUAUUCAGUUGGCUACUACAUAUGAUAAUACCGGAGUUCAUCCGCAUGUGAAGAGUUUUGAGGGCUUGGUGCAUCAGACAACUCGCAAACAGAUCAAUGAGGCGUAUCCGCGGUUGAAGUGGUGUGAAUUUUUCUCGGGGAUGAUUAGGAAGGAAGAGACGAUCAAGCCUUGGUGUCAUUCGACCCAUUUGGUGGACUUUGACAGGGAGAUAGAAGAGAAUACGCUUAUGAGGGAGUGGGAGUAA